AUGCGCAUCACAAUUGUCCCAGCAGGCCCGAAGACGUCCGCGGCAACUAUUCGGCAGUUGCUCAACAAGGCACCAGCCAGCGUUGAUGUGUACGGCGUCUAUCGAAGCAUUUACAAAGUUCCCGCAGAAUUCCUGUCUCAUAAAAACUUCCAUGCCGUGUGCGGCGACAUUGAGGAUGCGUCUUCUCUAGACCUCAGCGGCUCGGAUGCCGUGAUGACAAGCACGCCCCCAUUCUUCAGCGGUGAAGACCCUUUUGCAAAGACAGAGGAGGUGUCAAAUAAUGUCAAAGGUGCCGUUGAAAGAGCUGGUGGGAUCAAGCGACUCAUGCUACUUAGUAGCAUGGGUGCCGAGUUUGCCGAAGGCGUUGGCGAAAUUAAAACGAACCACAUUGCAGAGAAAGUGUUUCGCAGUACCAAUGUUCCUGAGCUCCUCUUUGUUCGAUGCGGUUAUUUCAUGGAAAAUUGGACCAUGUUCAACCUUCAGACGCUGCGAGGCAGUGACCCGUACUUGAACUCGCUAAUUACGCCGAUCGACUUCCAGCUGCCUAUGGUUGCUGUCGAGGAUAUUGGGUCUACAUUCGCGACCGGACUGCUGUCCAGCUAUGCGCCGCCGAGCAAGCCCUACGUGUUCGCCUUGCACGGCCCUAAAGAAUACUCGCCGAACGACGUACAAGCCGCGUUUUCUGAAGCAAUGGGGAAGCAGAUUCCGUUGAAGGCUAUUGAAAAGGAUCAACUGGCCGACUUUUUCAGCACUUUCAUUCCGCCAAACCUUGUAGGAACCUGGGUGGAGAUGUCCUGCUCAUUUCUCCCCGGUGGCGUAGCCGCGCCGGGCUCUGAUGGGAUUGAGAAUGUGGACAUAGUUCGUGGCAAAGUUGAGCUUGGAAAAGCCAUCAAAGAUGCCGUGGAAGCGGGCAUCUAG